AACUUCUGUCGAGGUCAGAUAUAGGUCACCAAUGGCGUCUACUUUAUGGCUAGUCCUGUGUCUGUGUCCGUUGACAUUAACUAUGGCUGGACCGACCGUGACUUCAUCGUGGGGGACAGUUGAAGGGGUGGUAAAGACGUCCCCGGAAGGUCGGAAGUACAACGCCUACUUGGGAAUACCGUAUGCAUUGCCACCUAUCGGUGACCUCAGAUUCAAGAAGUCCCAGCCCAAACAAGGUCCCUCUGGAAUCUUCAGAGCAAGUGCAUUUGGUCCCGCUUGUCCCCAGCUGGGCUCCGAAGCCCAGGAUGAAGACUGUCUGACCAUCAAUGUCUUCACGCCCACACUGACGUCAACGGUCAAGCGGUCAGUGAUGGUGUGGAUCCACGGGGGCGGCUUCCAGGCAGGGUCAGCCGUCAAGUACGACCCCUGGAAGAUGGUGACGGAAGGCGACGUCGUGGUCGUCACCCUGCAGUAUAGGCUCAACGUCCUCGGCUUCCUCAGCACUGGAAACGCCAUCCUGCCUGGCAACUACGGCCUUUGGGACAUGAAGCUUGCACUGCAAUGGGUUCAAGAUAACAUUGAGGAUUACGGCGGGAAUUCCAGCCAGGUGACACUCUUCGGUGAAUCUGCAGGGUCUAAAGCGGGAUCCUAUCUCUUCCUCUCAACGAAGACAAAGGGAUUAUUUCAGAAGGUAAUCAUGCAAAGCGGAUCUGCUACAGGGUAUUUCUCAUUCCGGAACAAUCCUAGAGAAGUAGCUGUUGCUCUUGGUAAACGUGUGAAAUGUGGAUCCGAUACUCCGGGGGUUGAUCUACCCGACAAGGGCCUUCUGGACUGCUUCCAAAACAUGUCAGUGUCCACUUUGGUCCAGAAUUCAAUUCCGAAUCUGGGCCUUGCUUACUACUCGGCCGACUUUACCUGGUCUCCAGUUGUGGAUCAUGACUUCGUCAUCGACAACCCGAGGUUCAUGAUCCAUGAUCCUGCCCACCUGGAGCGCGUGGGGUUCUAUGACCUUGACCUGAUGGUGGGGGUGAACAACCAGGAAGGGGGUUACAUGGUGAAGAUGGCGUCCAGGUAUGGUCAGAUCCACAACAUUUCUGCUCUGACCACCAUCCGGACUCAGAGUUACUACAAGACAAAACUGAUUCCUCUAAUCCUUGGGAGACUCUGUGGAAAAUUUGACAAAAGCAGCGUUGACGUCAUCAUGAAUGGCUACGUUGCCAAAGACUACCCUCAGACGAAGCUCCUGACGCUAUAUGACGUCAUGAACACACAGAGUGACGCUUCCAUUGUCGCACCGUCUGUAGAAAUGGCCAACGCACACGGUCGUCUUACAAACCGAGGCAAAACGUACUUCUAUCUCUUUGACCAUUUUCCAUCGUUCCUGGCAAAUUACAGUGGUCUUAGAGGAAUGGUUCAUGCGCGUGAUCUCAUGUAUUCGUUUGGGAUUAGUGCGGCGGAUGUUCUCAGCAGUUACCAUAGCAACGUCAGCCAAGAGGAAUAUCAUCUGUCAUCAACGUUUGUUGCAAUAUAUACAAACUUUGCAAAGAGAAGUGAUCCCAAUCCCGCAGUAAAAGGCCAGCUUGGACGUGAUUGGCCUCAGUAUGACGUCACCAACCAGUACUUCCUGUCGCUGUCAACCAAGAUGGCGGUCAGGAGUCAUGUGUAUCCAAAGAGAGUGUCCACAUGGCUGGACGCUCUUCCUAAAGCAGACCGUCACUGUAUGGCGAGGAGUGACACAGGUUCACCUGAUGUAAUUGUUGGAUAGACGUCCGUAUAAAUUCUGAUUUCAGGAAA